UUUAUCGCCAAAGCAACCAAACACACAAAAGAGAGAUUUACUACAGCAACCAAAAAAAAAAAGAUAUGGCAGGACUCAUCAACAAGAUCGGAGAUGCACUCCACAUUGGAGGAGGCAACAAGGAAGGUGAGCACAAGAAGCACGAAGAGGAACACAAGAAACACGUUGACGAGCACAAGAGUGGUGAACACAAAGAGGGUAUCGUUGACAAGAUCAAAGACAAGAUCCAUGGUGGAGAAGGCAAAAGCCACGAUGGUCAUGAAGGCAAAAGCCAUGACGGUGAGAAGAAAAAGAAGAAGGACAAGAAGGAGAAGAAACACCAUGGUGAUGGUCACCACAGCAGCAGCAGUGACAGCGACAGCGAUUAAGGUGAGGAAGUGAAGAGGAUCGCUUAAAUAAAACAGAUCUGCCUCUGAGUGUUAUUAAUGAUGUUAGUCUGUUCCUAUCCUCAUAGAGACAGGCUAAAAGAAAGGAGAACCGUGCAUCUGUCUUUUUCGUUUGUUAUGUUCUUGUAUUUCUUGUCAUGAAAAUAAUGCUCAUGUAAUCUUAUCUAAAUCUAAAUUAAUAAAUUGAUGUUUCCUAA